CGUCCCUGUGAGGCGGAGAGAAAGUGCACACUCUCUUUCUGUAAGCAGAGAGGAUCAGUCAUCUGGACGCCGCCGCUGCAGGUGUUGUUGUUGACGUCGUGUGAAAAAGCUGCAGAGAGAGAGAACACCGUCAUGAGUCUGCUGGGAUAAUGGAGUGCAGAAACCAGAGAUGUGGUAACUCCAUCGGCGUGAUGGAGCCGGAGUACGACGUGGUGGAUGACCAGAAGGAGGAGCUAAACGUGCGCAUCUUUCCUGCACGGCCCAUACACGAGGAGAGAGAGUAUGCAGACAGGGAUCUCCCGAGGACAUCUUCGGCUCAGAGCCUGUCGUCACCCUCCGCUGGAAACCCCAGAAAAGUCCCACUGAAUCCCACUUCAGGACCAGCUGUAAACAGAGACCUCAAACCAGGACGGAAAAAGACCCGAGUGGCUCAGAAGCUCCCGCCUUCGCAGCCCGGACUCAAGCCCUCCUACAGGUGUUCUUCAUCACCUUCACCGUUUGCCUCCGAGUUAGAGAACUAUCUGUCUGCUCUGACUAUACGGGACCCCUGCAGGAGAGAUGGACACAGAGACACACACAAGGCAGACUUCAAUCCACACAGCAAAGGUCCACAGAGUGCUCAGCAUGUCUCCAGUCAGAGACUCUCUUUGGAUCUGGAGACUCAUGAUUUAGAAAAGAGGUCACAACACAAUCCCGAAAGGGGUGCGUCCAAACGCCAGCACCACGAGUGGCCUCAGACCAAAGAGGACUUUGACCAACACGACUUUGUUCCAAUGGAAAAGCCUCAACAGACAUACUGUGAAGAAGAAGACUGGUAUGUGGGGCCUUGUAACCGUGCAGAUGCUGAGCACGCCUUACACCUGGUCAAUAAGGACGGGGCCUUUUUGGUGCGAGACUGCUCCAUCAGCAGCGACAGUGAGCCGUUGGUGUUGGCCGUGUUUCAUGACAAGAAGGUUUACAACGUGAAGAUCCGCUUCCUGGAGAGCGAUGGCAAGUACGCACUGGGAAACGGCCAGCGAUCAAACGAU